AGCAGUCACAAGAAAAAUGUGCAAAUUAUAGGGCUCAGUUGAUCGAUUAGUAUUGUGCAGGGCCCCUUGGCUGCGGAUCGCUUAUAGUGCCAUUUAAACCGAGAACAAUAAUAUGUGGUGUGUGUUCAGACUGAUAGGGUUCUUCGUUGUUUAUGCUUUGUCCUUAACUUGUUCACCUUCGUUUGAUGCCAAUUAGGCUUGAUACGAUAGCUCUGUAAUGUUUCAGGAAUCUGGCUAUACAGUCGCAGAGAUCAUAUUCCUAAUUCAACAAAAAUCGAUGAUGAAUCGCGCUUCGAUUUUGGCAACAGCAAAAGGAAGAUAAAAAUAACAUCGAAGCAAUUAAUUGGUACACAACCAAUGACUGACAAUCUGUUGACGAUGGCAUCUGUUUAUGAUCAGACCGGUGCCUUCAACAAGCUUUGGAAUGAUAUAAUGCACGUGCACUGGAAGUUCCUGGACGCGGACGAAUCGAUGGAGAAGAUUCAACUGAGAAGUAAAUUGGAAGAUCUAAUACUCGAGUACCUAUGCAUUUUUCCACACUCGCGCAAAUUCUUCCAUGUGGAAACGGUGCAUGUGCUCAAAAGUUCGAUUGCCAAAUUGGAAGAUUUUUCCGCGUACAAAGCAUCCCUCGGAUUUGAAGCUAUAAGCCAGUACGCCAACAAUCUGUUUACAAAACCAUGGCGAAAGGAGUACAAGACAGUUAAGAUGUACUCCGGAUUUUAUCGACACGAGAUCGCAGCCAAUCUGGUGGGCGCUGAGGUACUGUUCGAACAAAUGGGCUAUCGGGUAUUGCCGAACCAAACAUUGGUUUUCGAAGGUGCAAUCUGCCCGGACCGUGUUACAAACGUUUCGAGAGAUGCCAUCACGGCGAAUGUGGAGUGCCAGAUCAUGAAAGAAAUCUACAACCAGCUGACGGAAAUGUCCCUACCAGUCGACUGGAGUGAUAUUUUCUGUUUUAGAGAAAAUAACACGAUGAAUAUUGAAUCAUCUGUACAACAGAUGGCAGCACUGAUUAAAGAAAAGCACCAGAAGAACCAACAAGCACGACGAGAAGAACCGUAUGGCAACCUACAAGCACCAGCAGUUAGCUCAUGCAACUCUUGCAGUGCCUAUCAGUUUCAUCCACAUAUACAACAACAGCAACAGCAGCAUACGUCUCUUCCGCUUCCUCUCAUGGCUAUGCACACACAGCAGCCUCAAGUAAUGCAGUACUGCACUCCUCAGCCGUUGUACAAUGCCACCCCUUGUAGUAUCCAUAAUCAGACUCCGAAUCUACCUUUUGGUUAUCACAAUCAUAACAGCUAUCAUAACUACCUACCGACAUCUCAGUCUCAUGUACACACGUUAAAUCAGCCCAAUGUUAUCCCAUCUCAUGCACCUCCUUCGCUAGGAGCAAUGCCCCACUCCAAAUCUUUGGAGCACUAUCAAGAUCCUGCCAUGUACAACCUUACUGCUUGCAUGCAACGUCACUCGAUUGAUCAGCCCUUUGCUACAGCUUCAUCGGCGUCUCACUAUGGAGGUCCGAUGGGAGUGGCGCCGCCGACUGGGACAUAUGAUGCCGUCGAUAGUUGCAAUAUGGCCUACAGCAAUCAUCCUUACAACGUAUCGGGUAAUCGGUUUCCCAUCCCGUAUAACAUUUCGGCAAACAUUGGACCUUGCAUCAAUGGCAUGGCGGGAAAGUCGGGCUUAAACGAGUCUUACUAUCAUCAUCCCAGCAUUAUGAACUAUCCGCAGAUACCCCAAUAUUACCACCACCGUAGCAGCAGCAAUGGUCAAUUAUACGGUCAACAACCCCAGUCACACAGGCAUACACCAGACAUCUACAUUAAUCACAACUUCGAUAACACUGGAACGCAAACACCUCCAUCAAUUCUGAGCAAGAGAAAAACUUCCUACGGCGACUAUGAUGUUCCUUCAGUGAGACAUGGCAGUGAGAAUAAACAUAAAGAAGAGUUGAUGUACAUGGAUACCCGGGAGGAAGCCAAGAAAGAACGAAAGAAAUCCGAUCGAGGAGUGAAAACUGCGGAUUUGCUGGGUGACUAUGAAUGUGAUAUGUUACCUGAUGCCUUGGUAGAGAGGCAUCAACAACACCAGCAACACCACCACCAGGUACAGUCGCAGCAUCGUCACCAUCACCUACACCAUCAAGUAUCUAGGAACUCAAGACAAUCGGACUUCGAUAGCUACGAAGAUGAGCAACUGCAGGCGGAAGCCUACCAGCGAGCAAGCAAUGUGAACAGGCGCAUAUCAAGCAAAAAUCAAGAUGGGAUUGGUUCGUACGAGACAUGGAAUUAUGUGUUCCAAAAUCUGGAAAAACAGGGCUACAAUAAGGAUUUGGGCGAACGUGGAGAUUUCUUAGUCAACGCCGAAGAGGACGAAUUUCCCGAAGGUAACACCAGUCGAGGAAGUACCCUCAAACGAAGCAGCAACGACAAACUGAAAGCAAUGAAGGCUAAAUCUGCGGAUAAGGUAGAUGGUAUCCGGGUAGCAUCGACGAGACAGAGUCUGUUGAGUGCAACGAGACAUGAUCGGGAAAACGAGCGGAACGAAAUGGUUGCAAGGGCUGGACAAAAACCGUCUCUAGUACAAAAACUAUCGAAACCUAUUAGCAAUAAUCAGGCAGACAAUAACCAUAAGGCAAACCACACCAACAAUGGCAACAGCACUAACAAUAACGAGGCUUCCGGCAGUAGACGAAACUCCAUUACACGAAAAUAUUUGACAUCCACUAAGGAGACAGUUACUUCUACGACGAAUGCCACCAACAGCAGCAGCACAUCCACUGGUGGAGGAAUUCUAAUCAGCCACAACAGCUCAAACUAUCACGAUAUGCCCGCUGUUUCAAAUCGAAAGAAAACGGCCAGUUUCGAUACAGCUGCGGCCACUAUCAUCAAUCCACAAGACAACCGUGAUCGGAUCCGAAACUCGAGCAACGGGGGAACGAAAGUCAGCGAAUGGAAUUGUAAAUUUUGCACAUAUUUAAAUCCCGAUAGCGAACGCAUAUGUGAGAUGUGUGCAAAAAGUCGAGACUUCAACAGUAGUGGAGCAAAGGCAACGACAGCGGCGACUAGCAACGGGACUGCGACCUGUGUCUAACAGAACAAAAUUGUGAUCAGUUGUGAGUAAGAAUGGAUUGGAAGAGAAAUCGACAAUGUAAUAUGGUUAUCAUUUGAGAAAAAUAUAAUGAAUUGACCACACACUACAUUGGUCAUCCCUAACUAGUCAGAGAAUACAAUAUUUGGAACUUAUUAAACAUAUAUUGACAUUGUUAUACCUUACACUAUUUUUUAGAUUACACCAGGCAGAUGAGAAAGGCUAAUGUCUAACAUUUGUAGCAAUUUCUAAACUAUCUAAUGUAAGCCCAUGUUUCCCAGAGUAUGAAAAUUUUAAUAAAAAUAAAUUUUCUUUGUUUGCUGUUGACAGA